AUGGCACAGCUACUAUUAGCAGUUGAUUUCAUGCAUUAGAGAAAUAUAAUUCAUAGAGAUCUCAAAUUAGACAACAUUUUGCUCAAAUCUUCAAAAUAAGGAAUAUAUGAAGUUAGAAUCGCUGAUUUUGGACUUGCUAAAUAGCUUAAAUAAGGGGAAAUUCUUUCUCACAAAUGCGGAACCCCAUCGUAUAUAGCACCAGAAAUUCUACGCUAUGGCGAGUAUGAUCUCAAAUCAGACAUAUUCAGUCUUGGAUCCAUAAUGUAUAACUUAAUAACUGGAAAAUAUUUAUUUGAGGCUGGAUAAGUUAGAGAUUUAGUAAGGCUCAAUAAAGUGUGCAAUUUAAGUCAUAUCCAAGAUAAUCUGUGGAAUACUUCAGAUAGCUGUAGAGAUCUACUCUAUUAGCUAUUAAAAAAGAAUCCAAAGAAGAGGUUCAAUGCUAGAGAAGCAUUGUAGCAUCGCUGGUUUCAGGAAGAUAGAGAUGCUCUCUAAAUUGGAUUAGAAAUCAAUAAAUUACUCUCAGUAAGGCCUAAUAGAGCUUACCCAUAUUGCGAUCAACCAGUACAUGAUGGGUCACAGGAGAUCAAGAUCUAAUACUCCAGUUAAAAGUGA